GCAACUCUUGCACCAUGACCGCAUGCAAACUCUAGGAAUCGCUAUUAAUAAGGCACCUUACGACCUACAGAUCUGGUAGUAGACAUGGGUCUCUUUCUCGCUGUAAAACCAACUAUACACAACACAAAUUCCAUCGCUGCACCUACUCCCACACAAAACUCUAAAUCAUGCGUCUCUCCCGCAUCCUAUCCACAUAAUCCUCCCUCACUUUGUGCCUUACCCAAACAAUCCAAAACCCUACAAACCUCCAAGCCCCAGCCCUUGUUAUAGACCCCCAAACAAACACCACGGUAAGUCAAUGCUGGAAACUUGUCGCGCCAUUCAAACGCUCCUCCACCCC